AUGUCCUCCAUACGAGUUCCCUGCGAUCAAUGUCGCCAGCGUCGGAUCCGCUGCGAUGGACAUACUCCCUGCGCAUCAUGUCUCCGCACGCACCUGUCUUGUCGACGCAAAUACAUUCGCAAACGACGAGGCCGGAAGGAGGGCGAUGGCAAACAAAUAGCUGCCCUACGAGCUACUGAAAUAUCCGAUGUCCAGGGCUUCAUUGUUAAUUGCAAAGAAGCAGGGGAUAUUUUAUCCUCAGAAGACCUGCCUGACCUAAUGAAACGUUGUGUCGGUGCCUACUUAGAACACAUGUACCCAGUCAUGCCCCUUCUCAAAAGAUCCACGCUAAGUGAUUGGUUUGAUCGACCACUGUUGGCCAAUGAGCAUAGCAUGUUAUUUGCCCUUUGCGCCUUGGUCACCACAUUCAUGUGUGGUCGUAGCGAAUCCAUUGUUGGAAGCGUGGAGUGGCAGUCCGUCGCGCGGCUGUUCGUCCGAAAGAGCCUUCUUAUGCGGUUAGAAUAUGAUUUUAUUGACGACAGCACUGUGCUGACGCUUUUAUCCUCUUUCUUUCUCUCCGUGACAUUCUUCGAAUUACACAACAUUCGACAGUGCUGGUUUUAUCUCCGCGAAGCUAUUAACUUAGCCCAGAUUCUUGGGCUGCAUACAAAUGAAUUUUACCAAGACAUGGACGACGUAGACGCUCUAUUCUGUCGCCGAAUCUAUGACAUUUUGUUCGUCACUGAGAGGUCAUUUGCGAUAUCGAGACAUAAGCCCGUCCUUUUAUCGCAUCCAUUGCCCCCUCCUGCUAAAAUGUCCCGUGGAGAGCAGGAAGAGGGGUCUGAAAUAAACCCCGGAUUUCGCCAGCUUGUACAAGUCUAUUCCCAGCUUGAUGUUGAUUUUCUUCACAAUUGGAGCCAGGAAGGUUUGGUUUGCUCUAGUUUUUCGAGAGAAAACCGUGAACUUGAUCUGGUUCCUGACUGUGACUUCAUCUUGAAUACACAAAAAGCAGACAUCUUUGUGACACAACACUGGCUUGAUCUUACCUUUUGGAGGGCUGCCCUGCAGCAGGGGUUACUGUCUACCAGUGCGAAGUCACGUUCCAGGACGUUUUCUUAUCCAGAGGAUAUUAGCUUGUCCUUGCUCCUGGUAUUAUCAUCGCUGCCUACAGAGUCCGUGGAGGUUCACGGAUUGGGAAUUGUGAGUAAUAUGAUGUAUUUUUCGUGUUCAAACUAA